CGUUUGCGGAAGUUUACAUUCGGGUUGGAAAACGUGUCGUCCAUGGAAGCAGUGAAAUAAGCCGGUUGCGGGGCAUGUUUAGCUCGCUUGUACUUGGCAGUGCAGCAGCUCUCAACAAUGAACUCGGUUUUAAUUAACGCGGUCUUGUCCAGCUCGCCUGACUACGGCCUGCUGUUUGAGUCUCUGUCCUGGCCGAGUGACUCAUGGCCGGGGACGGAGCGGGUGGAGGCGCUGACCGCUUUCAUUGAAGGACUCGGACCACUUUUGGCCGACUCGGACGCGGGUCCGUUUUCGGCCACGAAAAGUAGAUAUAUUAAAGAUAAAAUCGACACUGUGAUUUGGACCCAGUGUCUACCUCUUCUCUCCAAAAUAUCAGCGGAAGCCGGUGAAGGCGUGCGGUGGAGGGAGAGCACCGCUGCCGCCUGCAGACUUGUGAGUGUCUGUGUCCCGCUGUGUGACGAGGCGGUACCGGGGCGGGUGGCUCUGUCUGUCCUGCCGUCGCUCCAGCCGCCGGAGGAGGAGGAGGUGCCCGGUCCUGGGCGAGUCAGUGUGGAGGUUGCCAGUGAAGUCAUGGCUGCUCUCAUACCUUCUCUUGUAGGGGACGAACAGCUUACACUCACUGUCCUGUCAUCUGCCUUGUCCUGCAUCAAAACGCUCCCCGAUGCAUUGGUGUCCAAAAUCACAGUCAGGCUGGUCUUAACUCUGCUGAACUGCUGCAGCGGCGCGAGGUUAAGAGGCAUCCUCACGCUGAUCCUGGAUCAUGUGUGCAGCUGGCACUCCGUUGACCGCACACCUGUAGUUACAGAGCGGGCACUGCUGUGUUUGACCGCUCUGUCAGACCAUCUAUUGAAACCUCACAGCCUACCCUCCUCCUCUUGUGAGCCUGACCCUCGUCUGUCCCUCCAAUUCUGGAGGAUGCUUCAGGAUGGACUGACGCACAGAGACGGCGUGUCACGUAAGAGGGCGCUUUACCUGCUGAAAAAGUGCGUGGCCCUGUCAGAGGAGGAGGGGGUGAACUGUCCUCUCUCUCCAUCAGGGGAAGAAGAGCUCUUGUUCAAAUGGGCUCACAACAGGAGCAAGUUGCUUCGAGAGUUCUGGGAGGAUUACGCGCUGGUGAUGGAGACCUUGGAGGAAAACCAGGUUCACGUGGUCAGGCCAGUUCUCAACAGAAUAGACACGUUGAUCCAAACAACAGUGAAUGACAGUCAAGGUAACACAAGAAUUGGGCAAACUUCAGGUCAAUCCCUCUUCCACCCCUCCUGGCUGCUGUGUGUCUACCAGCGGAUGUUCCACAGUGAGAAUAAAUCCUUAAUGAGAGAGGGAGUUUGCCAUCUGCUCGAGCUGCAGGUCCUCCAGCAGCCAGCCUUUGCUUUGGCCUUUUCUCAGUUCAUUGUUGGCCCUUUUAUGGGUGUUCUGUCUGAAACAUCGCUCUUCCACAGGUCAGUUGGGCAGAGUGUAGGAGAUUGCCCUGAGCUCGGGGCUAAACUCCAAGUCUUCAUGGCCACCUUCUUCAGUAGCCUGCCAUCAGAGCAUAGAGGCCGUAUGUUGCUGCAGAUGAUUCAGCAGCUGUGCUCUAAGCACUGGUGUGCGGUACCCCUCCUCUUCCUCUCCCAGGCUCUAUCCAAACUCCCCUCAGGCCCACUGCUGGGGAUCGACGGGCUCACUGCUCUUAGGGAGGUGCUGCGCUGCACCAUGAUCACUCAUCAAGUCCUGCUGAGAGGCGCUGCCCAGUGCUUCCUGCUGAAUUGCGCCCUCCGUCUCACAAUAGUGACCGCAGUGACCCUAGAUGAUGUUUUUAGUUUCCUGAUGGAUUUUCGCGCAGAUGAGUCACUGUGUAGAGGGACGCAGAUCUGGAAUCAGACGUGUGCCUGGCUAUUGGACAAUGAAAGCAGUUUCAAGCCCAGGGUUAUGGAUGGAGAUUGUGCUGGCACUGCAGCAAAGAAAGAAACUGUAAGAGGGUAUGUUCAAAGCGAGAUACAUACCUAUCUCUGUGUCCCAGCUAGCACAGGUCACACUGAGAGGUUACCAGACCCUAGAGAGGCAGAUAAGUUGGCCAGGGCCAUUCUGCUGUGUGUGGACAUGGAAAGGAAUCAACUUGGGGCAGAGAUCAGUAACACUCUGGAGUCAUUACUGUCUCCGCUGCUGGACACCCUGAGCAGAGUCAGCACCAAUAUCUACUUGCCUCUGCGUAAGAGUGACAAGAGCCUGCAGCUCAUGCUCCGACUGUUCCAGCUUGGAGAAACUCCAAGCUGUCAGCAUUUUGGAGAGGAGCAAGUGGAUGUCGCAAUGGUGGCCAUGAAGAAGCUAAUUUUUAAACUUGUCGAUCCAGUCCAGGAGUUUAUCUUGAGGCGGCUGUCUGGGGAGCUGCAGGAGUUGUGUGAUGUGGAGCGGGCAGAGCUGUAUCUGUGUGUCCUGAGGCAGCUGGUGGUCAUGUACAAUUCUACACCACAGCACCAUAGUAAAAUUCAGCAGACCUAUUUCCCUAAACUCAUCAAGUACAGCAUCAAGGUCCUGCAAGACCCGAGCCAGGAGUUCAACUCUGUGGCAAACCAGGUGGCUAGAGCGGUUGCUAUGGCAUCCCUGGCUACCGUAUGUGGUCUUGCAGAGCAGGAAAUGAUUGGCAUGCGAUCAAAGACCAUUUCUGUCCUGAAAUCACUGAAUGACUACUUCUACAAUCCACUGUCGUCUUCCUCCCAAAGUCUGUUUUCUCUGGGAAACUUCAAUAAACGCCUGCAAAAACCACAGAAAGGAGAUGCUUCAAGUGAUAUAGGAUUGCAGGGUCCUCUGCUGCAGGACUGGGGACGCAUCGCAGCCCAUUUUAUGCGGGACCAGUGGAUUUGUCUGAGUUUCCUCAUUAAGGCUGUUGGGGUUCCCGAGUCUUCGAGAGCAUCAGACGCUCUCAAGGCUGCUCUUAGCUGCAGUGUGGAGGCCCUGGCUCUGCUACCCAGUGACCUGGUGCUGCCUGUGCUCACAUUUAUGGAGACAGUGCUGCCACAAUUACUACUUUAUGAGGAGGCCCUCUGUGUGGAGGCUGUGACUCUGAGCUGGCAGCUGGUGCAGGGGUUGAGCAACAACGCCCAUGACUUCUGGCCAGCCCUGAAAGGCUUCGUCUCCAUGGCCUUCCACCAUAAACUGCUCGAGCUGACAGAUACUCAGGCUCCUACACUUGUGGCCACCUUGAAAAAGAUUGCCACCGAGCUGAUGGAGCUGUCUCAGUCAAAGAGCGGCGUGUUCGGCGUGCUGCUUCAACACUGCUGUCAGACAUGGCUGCCCACAGACCGAAGCAGCGGUGACACAGCUGACGUUGUGUUUUCUAGUGUUUUCAGCCACAUGAACAUACUCACAGAGGCGUGCGUCUAUGGACCAGUGUUCAGAAGAGAUCAACGGCUCAUUCAGGAUGUCCAAACAUACGUGGAGCAACUCAGUGAAGAGAGUGCUGCCAAUGUUGCAGUUACAAGUGAUACCAGGGACGAUCAGUUCCCCCGCACAUGUAUACUGGCUUUCCUCAGCCGCCUGGAUCCCUCUAAUCUGCAGCAUGAAAGACUGAUAGAGGAACUAGUAAUGGAUUUGGUGAAAAAGGAUAAUGAUAUAUCAAAGUCAAAAGUGCGUUACUAUAGCAACUCCCUGCAACAUCGUGUCAAAAACAGAGUAUGGCAAACACUGCUACUGUUGCUGCCCAAACUCAGAGAGGAGUUUGUCACCACUUUGCUGCACAGCGUGUGUGAAGCUGGAUUCUGCAGUAACCAGGCCUCGGUCAAGUACCUGAUCGAGUGGAUGAUGAUUCUGAUCCUCGUCCACUAUCCGGAACACAUUCACAAAUUUUGGGCCUGCUUCAACAUGGAUCAUGAAAAGACCAAGACAAGCAGCUGCACCUUCCUGUCAGUCCUGGUACAUUUCAAUGUCAUCAUUCCUAAUCUUAAGGAUAAGGCUGUGCAAUUGCAUAAAGCACUGGACAUCAUCCUGCAGUGGUGUUUCAACCAUAACUUCAGCGUGCGCCUGUAUGCCUUACUGGCCCUGAAGAGGGUGUGGAGCUUGACUGAAGCCCGGGCAGAGGCAGGGGCCGAUGGUUUGGGAGCGCUGUCCACUGUGAUCAAAGCCUGUCUGAACCAGGCUGAGGCCAUGCAGAGCACCGGAAAUGCCAACAAGAACUGGAUGAGGAUUCAGGAGCAUUUCUUCUUUGGUGCCUUUGAUCCUCUCAGGGAUUACAGUGUUGAGACCAUAUUCUAUACUUUUCCCAGCCUGUCAGAGUUGGCUGAUGAUGAGUGGAUUCCACCCUGGAAGUUUGAGAAACUGUUGUGUUUCUCAGAAAGUCCAUCUUUUCCUUUGAGAAAUCCAGCUCCUGACCUGAGCCAGCUCCAGCCUGGAGACUGGGUCCAGCAAGACAAAAGUGAGCAGAAUAAGGAGGACCGCUGGGCCGAGGUGCAGAAGAAGAUCACUCCCUGGAGAUUGGGGAUCCAGGAGCAGGAGCCUGAACUUCAGCUGGUUCCCCAACAACGGGCUGCUCGACUGGGCAAACUGCACGGCGCCCUGCUGGUGGUCGCCUCACUUAUUGACAAGCCCACCAAUUUAGGAGGUCUGUGCAGGACCUGUGAGAUCUUUGGUGCCAGCGCUCUGGUUCUGGAUAGCCUCCGCCACGUCAAUGACAAACACUUUCAGUCCCUGAGCGUCUCGUCUGAACUGUGGCUUCCUCUGAUAGAGGUGAAGCCAAUGGAGCUCACUGACUUCCUGCAGGCGAAAAAGAGCGAAGGAUACUGCAUUGUUGGGGUGGAGCAGACAGCCAACAGUCAGAGCCUCCAGGACUACCAGUUCCCUGAGAAGACCCUGCUCCUUCUGGGCAACGAACGAGAAGGUAUUCCUGCCAAUUUACUCCAAAUGUUUGACGUAUGCGUGGAGAUCCCUCAACAAGGAGUCAUCCGUUCACUCAACGUGCAUGUGAGCGCUGCCCUUCUGAUUUGGGAAUAUACACGGCAACAUCUCACCUUUGGCUCAACCGAAGUCAACUCGAAACACAGCUGAGGAAGUAACCAGCAGUGCAGCCCUAUGGCGUGACAUCUGGCCUCCAGAUGUUGACCUCACUUGCUCCUCUCUGGCAGCAGGUGUGAAAAGCAUCUUGAGGGACAGCUACUGUACAUGAAGAUGCCCCAUACAGUUAAUGUCAGGACCUUAAAGUUUUUCAUGUUCUGUUUGUAUAGGACUAUCCUUUACUGGUCUUGUGCCCUUAAUGAGACUCAUGAAUAGAGUCAUGAGAUUGGUUGUGGUUAUUACAUCUAAAUAUUCCUCUGGGCAUGCUGUUAUAUUAAGGGAGGUAAUCUCUAUGUCGGCAGUGCAGAAUCAUAAAUGGAAUUUUUCCCCUUUGAGGAGGAAGUGUCUUGUUUAUGUGAGCAAUUAGUUUUUGCCUCAGAGCACCAGGACUGAACUAUUAUACAUGCUAUUUAAAUGCUGCUUUUGUUGAUCGGCAUAAUAUUAUGCAUUGCCAAUGUUUUUAUUACAGCUCCUGAUUGUAUUUUAAGUUUUUUGAUAUGGUUGAAUAAAUAAAAAAAUUUACAUG